UCUCGGUUCAACUUUGCGGCAACUACACUCAGGACUCUGCCAUGUUCUAAUAGAAGUGUGGUGGAUCCGAAUAAUCAUGGGGUGGGACCGGGGCGAACACCACCUUAAAUUGAAGUUUGAUGAGUCGUAUCCCUCAGCUUGUUCCUCUGCUCAAGGACCAUGUCAAAUGUGGGGCACCCAGAUAGGAAGGAAACUGACACCUCAGCUGACCACGUUGAAAAUGCCGAAGGGUACAGGCUCUAUAAGCGACGAUUUUCAGGAUUGUUAGGUUUCGUUAUACUCGCAGUCGUCACUGGGAUGCAGUGGUCAUGGUUUGGACCUAUUGCAACCCUCACUGCCGAAGAGUUCAAUAUCUCAUUAACUCAGGUUAAUUGGCUUGGAAACAUAACACUCUGUGCAUCCUUUCCUGCUUCAUUCCUUGUGCCUGUCGUUUUCUCCCGCUAUGGCAUGCGGCGAUGCUCAGAAAUGGGAGGUGUUAUGUUACUCCUCUCUGCUUGGGUCCGCUACGCGAGCACCAUUCGUUCACUAUCUCCACAGUCUGCAUAUGUUCUCCUCUUCUUCGGCCAGCUCUUCGGUGCUGUUUCAAGACCAGUGUUUCAAGUACUUGGGCCGUCGUUUUCAGAGAGGUGGUUUGACCUCAGAAGUCGCACUACUGCGACAAUGGUCAUUGCUAUUGCCAGCAUAAUUGGGUCUGCACUUGGCCAAUUUCUUCCACCUCUCAUGAGCACAGUACGACAAUCGAUUCUCGUGCUCGCCAUUAUAUCCACUGCAGCGCUUCCAGCUAUCCUUCUCAUCCUUGAAUCCCCCCCCUCACCACCAACUUACUUUGGUUCCAAGCAACCAUUAUCUUUCAUCUCUCUCUGCCGUGCUAUGCUCGGUCUUUCGGUCUCCAAGGAGGCAUAUAUGUCGCAUCGUGAACGUAUUGACUUUGUGAUCUUGACACUUGUCUUCGGUGUCUUAGAUGGUGUGAUCAAUGCAUUGGGCAUCUUCUCAGCUCAGUGGUUCCAACCCGUCGGUUAUUCAGACACUACAUGUGGUCUCCUGGGUGCGACGUUGGCAUUGUCUGGAAUCCCUGCAACUGUGAUAUCUGCCCCGUUAUUUGAUCGCGUGUUCUCAGGAAUUAUGGGAGCGACAUUCAAGACCCUUGUUCUUCUUGUGUCUUUGGCAUGGUUAUUACUGAUCUGGGCUGUUAAACCAAACAACGCUACAGCCCUUUAUGUUCUCAUGGUCAUCAUCGGGAACUGCUGUACGAUCAUUCUGCCGUUGGCGUUGGAACUUGGCGUUGAGUUGACAAGGAAUGCAAAUGGAAGUUCGGCUAUCCUGUGGUCCUCCGGAAAUCUAUUUGGUAUCGUGCUAAUUCUCGCGGAAGGUGCUCUCCGUGCUCCGUCGACUGCUGAUCCGCCUUACAACAUGCGAAAUGCACUCAUUCUCAAUGGGUGUGUGGCGAUGGGGUUCUGUUCAUCCAUCUUCUUCCUCCGUGCUAAGCAGGCUCGGCGUGAAAUAGAUGAAGUCAUGAUAAAAGGCUCGGUUUUGGUUAGUUCCUCUGAUGUCCCCAGCGCAAGCGGAGUAUAGAAUCAUGGUUCAGCCCAUGGAUACAGUUGAGGAUGAAUAGACGCCAAAUUUCUUGACGUCUUGUUUGCAGAAAUGAAUUCAGUCAACUCUAAAUUGAAUGCUUGGUGUCUUAGGAUUGCACAAAUCGAUUCCUUGCAAGGUACUGUACAGCUUACCACGUUUCCACUUCCUCCCGAGUAUCGCUUCACUGAUCAAGUGCACACUUCCCCAACGUCAACUGAUUUCUCC